UCGACCAGGUCUCGCCAGUCUUCCACUGACCGGCAUCGCCUCCGCACCUCACAGAAAAACGGCAACGAGCCAAAAUCUGUUGACGAUCCGAUCCUCGCGUCGUGUGUGAUUCCAUUUGUGUCGUCGAGCAUCAUUUGUUACUGGAAUACGAAAUUACCGAGGGAAAUUCAGUUCCGUUUCGAGACGUGACGAUUUUCGUGCAAUCAAAAACAAAAUAAACAUAAAAACAAAAAACAAAACAAAAAGUGGUGCCCAUCAUUUGACUUUUGUUCUCCUCCUAUCUCCUUGCACAGAGUGUCACCUUUAAAGCAGCAGCCGAAUGACAGCAGCGUCAGCCAAUUCCGCCAUCAUGGGUCGUCAGCAGCAGCAGCAGCAAAAACAACAAGGCCGGAUGAUGACGACAACAACCCUGACCGCAGCCGUCCCGACGAUAUUGCUCCUCCUGUCGACAUUCUCAUCGCUGAUGGCAGCAGGGUCCACGGUGAUGGCGGCCGAUGUGUCGGACGGAACGACUUGCACCUUCACGUCGAGAAACUACGCGGUCGGCGACGUCUGGUACCCGCGACUGGGCCAACGCGGAGCCCUUCACUGCGUCGCCUGCAUCUGCCAAGAGGGCGGCAAAAUCAACUGCACCAUUCACGAAUGCGGCGGCCAGGAUUGCGCCUCGCCCGAAUCGGCCGCCACCAACGAAUGCUGCGUCCACUGUUCCAAAGAGGCCACGAAAUCGACGACGACGACUCUGACGGCGGCUUCGACACGUCCGGCGCCUUUCUACCCGGAGGAAGUUCCAGUGUCUUCGUUCUCGUCUUCGGAUCUCAGCGGCAGUUCGACGUCGUCGGGCGUCACCUGCUUGCACAACGGCAACGUCUACCGCCACAAGGAGCGAUUCACGUCGUCCAAUGUCGGUCUCAAACCGGAGCACGCCGAUCAGUGCGUCCAGUGCUCUUGCGAGGGAGGAAUGGUCAUGUGCCAACUGAAAGAUUGCCCAAAAGUGGACUGCGACAACCCCAUCCGAACCAAGGACGAUUGCUGCCCAGUUUGUCCAGAUCCAGCUGGCAGGGUGGACGAGAUGGACAAUUCGCCCGUCAUUAUCCAGCAGCAGCCGGACGGAACCAACAGCAAGUUGGAGGACUGCAUCUCCGGCGGGCGAUAUUACCUGCACGGGACGACUUGGCACCCGGUGAUGGGUCCAUUUGGGCCAAUGGACUGCGUCAAUUGCAAAUGCAAAUCUGGCAGGAUCGAAUGCCAACGGCUGGAAUGUCCCAGUCGGCCGGCGCUCAACUGCGAAAGGCCCGUCAAAGUCGCCGGCCGCUGCUGCCCCGUCUGUCCGCUCGAGGGAGACAUCCAAGCAGGUCCCGUGACGCCGCUCCUGUCAUCUUCGCCCAUCACUGGGACGCGGUCCAACAUCCAAGCCACAUCUGGAAUGGGCAGCGGCCGGACCAAGACGCCGUCAGCAGGUCGUCCCAUGUCGCCUCCUUCCUCGUCUUCGCUCAUCAAAUCGUCCACUCAUCACGGCAACUUCACCUUGUGUUUGCCCAGAGAAUACGACGUCGUCGUCUACCGGGCGCAGGGCGGUGGCAACGCCUCCGAGUUCAUUCAGUACAUUUUCCAGCAAGUGGUCAACGGCCAGGCCAUCGAACACCACCUGUGGAUGCUGCAACCGACCGUGACAACCUACAAAGUCCAGGAUUUGACCAGGGACCAGUCGGAGGCGUUACGUCAACGCUUUCGCUUCGUCCUUCUCGGCGCCACCGCCACCAAGCACGUCAAACGCUUCACCAAAAGGGAAAAGAAACUCAAACCCAAAUGCCUGCCCAAUUCCGGAUGCCCCAAGAAGAUCCGACGACUGGAGCGCAACCUCGCCUUCCAGGAGGUGACCAGCCGCAAGGGAUGUUUGCCCAUCGAAGUCGAGGCCAACACUCGCUGAAUCAAGUCACCCACUUUUUUUCACGGUUGGCCAUUAAAACAAUUGCAUCAGUCUACACAUUAUUUACUCGAACUCCAUCAACUGAACUCAAUGCAAAGAACACAUACCCUAUCUAGUAUCUCUUACGAUUUCAUUGCCCGUACUGCAGUGGUUACUUCCGCUUUACAUCAAUCAAAUGAUCUGUUUCAAUGACAGUUGUCUGACGGCAAACAAUUAUUUAUCUAUCUGUAUAAAUGUGUAAUUUGGCAUUUUUCUCUGAUUGUACACUCCACUUAAAAAAAUCGUCAAAAAUAAGAGGCAAGUGGAUAAAGCGCCCCCUUUAGUUCCAAUAUUAUACAACCUGGUUAUAAUUGCUAUUCUACUUCUCUGUUCUAUCGGGCUUCUGAUUUUGGUGGUUGAAGUUUGAUUGUGUUUUCGCCAAUGAAUGACUCAUUGAUGAGCUUUAUAUGUUGAUAUAUGUUUGACUUUUAUGAUGUGUUUGUUUAUGUUUACUGACUUGUGUCUUAAGCUGUAAGCUUACGAUAUCGAAUUAGUUGUCAAUUUCAUCUCUCUCGUGCUGGACACGGAAAAUUCCAUGCUGGUCGUCCAUCCAUUCAUCAUCGUCAUCACCAUCGUCCGAAAAAUCGCCGUUGAGGACACUGUGUGACGUUUAGAAUGACGAGGCUUCGUUGAUCGAACGCCAUUUAAUUGCAUCCAAACGACCGAGAGAAAAGAGAUGAAGAAGAGUUUAGAAUUUGCGAAUGUAAUUUUAGAUGAAUGGAUGAUUUAUUUAAUGAAAACCACCAAUCCCUGCUAAAUCUGUGUGAAAAUGUGAACUCACAGGACCCAGACAAAGGCAUAUGAAUAGCAAAAAGACGAACACCACCUAUCAGGUUGUCGUCUUUGAUCUAUUUAAAAUGUAGAUUUAUAGAUAUAGCAACCUCUAUAUCUGUCCAUGAUGCAAAAGUAGCCCUUGAAUGCCUAGGCUUGUAAAAAUGUCAAUUUUUGCUUUGUUUUCAUAUUUGCCUUCCAAUUGACUGGUUUGAUUUUUGCUGACCAUAUUAUUAAUUGUUGUUCCCUGUUUGCACUUCCCUUCAUUAGUAAUUCAUUUGAGCCAAUUGAUCUUCGACAGGCAUUAAUUACCCAUUUCAAUGUGUCCCCACCCUCCAGAGAACAUCAGUGUCCCACCUGCUCCUGAUCAUUCGUUGUUAUUCUUAAUGAUUAUUAUACUUACCGUUUCGAAAUCAGUUCGAUUUAUUCGAGCCGCUUUUUAUGUUGAGUUCAUCUCGGUAUCAAAUAUUCAUGAGGCUUUUCUUUUUUCACUUUACCUGUUACCUGACUCCCCUCCCCUCCUGUGUUUUUCUUCCGGAAACAACUAACCGAGAAAUGAGAAUUCAAAAAAAAAAAAAAAUAAGAGAAAAUAGAAAAGAAAGAAAUAAAGGAAGAAAGAAACAGGCGUCCAUCAACUAGUCUAUUCAAUGUAUAAAUAUCUUUCAUUCGCUUCUAUUUGCCGAUCUUUCAUUGCAGUUUUUCUAAGCAAUUAUCUAUCGAAUCUUAAUGAGAGGCAAAAAGUUGACAUCGUUAUUAUUAACUUGCGAAUACAUAAUUUGCAUUUCUCUUUGGUCUAUGAAGAAGAAACAAUCCGCCCGUUCCCAACAAGAAUUUCAGAUAGUUUUCUAUUUCUAAUCUUUUUCCUCUUGCCCUUUUGUUUCAAAAUUGGUUGUCUGGUUUUAUCGUUGUUGUCGUUGUUAUUGUUGUAUCCAAGUGCUUGAGAGAUUUCAGUCAAUCUAGAUAGGAAUAUAUCGUCAAUGUCAUGCCAGAUGUAUGUGUGCGCUGCUAUAACAAAAGAAUCCGACACCACUUCUUCAUUUGCCUCACCUUACCUAAUAGAAAACGCUAAAGCAAAAAUAAUGAAAGCGUCGAAUUGUCAUCGUGUAUUAAAUUCAUUUAUUCCCGAUGAUGUAACACACGAGAAAGAGAAAGAGACAGGAAAACCCAAAAUGCUUCAAUGUUGCUCCAUCCAAUGUAGCCAUAAAAAUUAUCUCUUGUAUUUAUGGUUCAAAGUUGGACAAAUAAAUCUUAUUUUUCAGUUGAA